UGUGGACAACAGAGGGCAUAAUCAGUGCCACACAGUGGUUGGGGUAUACCCAGGAGACUCCAGUGUCCUGUCCUGGCAUGUCUGUACCUGCUGGUCAGUGACACACGUUUCCACCCCACCCCUGGAGCAGCAGCUUUGAUGUCAUGGGUGUCCCUCUAAUCUGAGCUGGAGUGUAAGAGUGUGUCCCCAAUAAACUGUGAGACCUCCCUGUUCUCAGUGACCCCAGUUGGGCUUUUGAUCCCUCCAGCAACCUUGUGCACCAGCCCUUCUUCCCAUCCCCUCAGUCUGCUGGUCCUUGAAGCCUUUAACCAAAUGGGAGUAGUAUGGAAAGCCUUCUCCUGGCAACUUAGGGCAAUAGGACAAGGGCUACCCGUGUAUCCAGCUACUCUGUUGCUCUCCUGGCGCUGAGAGGUGGGUCCAAGCAUUCAUUACCCUUGCCUGCCCUGCCUAGGGCUGAAGCCAGGGGAGUUUGGUGUGUGUGGGAGGACCCUGAGAUCUGUUGGGAUGGGGUAGGGGUGAUUAAAGAUCGGAGGAGGGGAUGCGAAGUGGGGCCGAGGACCCACAACCUCGGGAAGGGCGGUAGGGCGCCUGACCUGGGGCGGGGCAGUGGCCUCAGUGCCCCACUUCCACCUUGCGCAGUAUUUAUUGCUAAAUUAUUGUCCAGGAGGGGCAGCACUGGGCCUAGCCCCCCGGGUAUUUAUUGCUGUACAUAGUGUAUGUUUGUGAUAUAUAAGGUUUUCUUUAUUUUGUAUAUGAUCAAUAAACAUCUUUUAAAGAGACUGGCAGGUGCUUCUUUGGGCGACGCAGUGGGCUGGGCGGAGCUGGCGCGCGCAUGCGCUCCGCGCGCGGCCUGUCGGGCGAGACGGAAGCGGAAGCACGGGUCUCCCCGGGGAGCGAUGGCAGCCGGGGGUCUGAGCCGCUUGGAGCGUAAGGCGGCGGAGCGGGUCCGGAGACUGCGGGAGGAGCAGCAGCGGGAGCGCCUCCGCCAGGUGUCGCGCAUCCUGAGGAAGGCGGCUGCGGAGCGCAGCGCCGAGGAGGGCCGGCUGCUGGCCGAGAGCGAGGACCUAGUGACGGAGCUGCAGGGUCGGAGCCGGCGGCGCGAGGGCCUGAAGCGGCGGCUGGAGGAGGUGUGCGAUGACCCCGAGGAGCUGCGGAGGAAAGUCCGGGAGCUGGCCGGCGCCGUCCGCAACGCCAAAUACUUGGUCGUCUACACUGGCGCAGGGAUCAGCACGGCAGCUUCUAUCCCAGAUUACCGGGGCCCUAAUGGCGUCUGGACACUGCUUCAGAAAGGGAGAAGUGUCAGUACUGCUGACCUGAGCGAGGCUGAGCCGACCCUCACACACAUGUGCAUUGCCCGUUUGCAUGAGCAGAAGCUGGUGCAGCACGUGGUGUCUCAGAACUGUGAUGGGCUCCACCUGAGAAGUGGCCUGCCGCGAACAGCCAUCUCAGAGCUCCAUGGGAACAUGUACAUUGAAGUCUGCACCUCCUGUGUCCCUAACAGGGAGUACGUUCGAGUAUUUGAUGUCACAGAGCGUACUGCCCUCCACAGACACCAGACAGGCCGGGCCUGCCAUAAGUGUGGGAGCCAGCUCCGGGACACCAUUGUGCACUUUGGGGAGAGGGGGAUGUUGGGGCAGCCUCUGAACUGGGAGGCAGCAACCGAGGCUGCCAGCAAAGCAGACACAAUCCUGUGUUUAGGGUCCAGCUUGAAGGUACGCACUGAUAACAUGGUGAGUGAGCAGAGUGAGCAGGUGUCUGCCUGCCCAGAGCUCUCUGGCUCAGUGUCAGACUCAGCCUGCUACAGCUGUGCUCUGUGUGUGUGCUGUAUCUGUCCAUUUCCACAGGUUCUAAAGAAGUAUCCGCGCCUCUGGUGCAUGACCAAACCCCCGAGCCAGCGGCCUAAACUCUACAUUGUGAACUUGCAGUGGACCCCAAAGGAUGACUGGGCUGCCCUGAAGCUUCACGGGAAAUGUGAUGACGUCAUGCAGCUCCUCAUGGAUGAGCUGGGCCUGGAGAUCCCCCUCUACAGCAGGUGGCAGGAUCCCAUUUUCUCCCUGGCAACUCCCCUGCGUGCUGGUGAAGAAGGCAUCCACAGUCGGAAAUCGCUAUGCAGAAGCAGAGAGGAAGGACCGCCUGGUGACUGUGGUGACCCACUCAGCUCAGCUCCCAUCCUAGGGGGCUGGUUUGGCCGGGGCUGCACCAAACGCACAAAAAGGAAGAAAGUGACGUAACCUGGUGUUUGACAGAAACAUUUGGCACUUUGCAGAUGGACGGAACUCUUAUUCAGGGGCCAGUGUUGCCAUGCAGGCUUGGUUGCCAGCAAGAAGAUCUCUUUGGGGGUGACAUUUUCACCAUGAUAUGUAGCCGUCUAUCCUU